AUGGAUAGCGGUGCAUCGAUCCGUACGGUACUCGAAUGGCCACGCCAGCGCAUCAGCAUCGUCCGCGAAGACGAGCGCCUGCUCAUUGUCAAUGUGGACGUGGGAGGAGCCAAGGUUGCCCUAGUCUCUGCACACUGCCCCCAUGCAGCCAAGAAACAAGAAGCCGAGGCCUUUCUCGACAUCCUGACCGGCUACCUACGCGACACCCUGCCGCUCGUGGUCAUUGGGAUUGACCCGAAUGGCCGUAUGCCCUGCCCUUUCGAGCAGGUCACCGGCGAUCUUGCAGAUGGCAACCCGGACAGCAAUGGUCUCGGAGCUGCCAACAUAUGCAGCGACCACGGCCUCUGGGCCCCGUCUCCUGGCUUUUUCCGAAGCCAGGCAUCGAGGGUUCGCCCUGUUCGGGGGAGACCUGAAACAUAG